AUGAAAAUCACUGCAGUCACUAAACUGAAAUGACAUGUCGGAUUUCAACGACUCUCUGAUUGACGUGUCCAGCGACAGCUUCUGGGAGGUGGGAAACUACAAGCGUUCAGUGAAGCGAGUGGACGAUGGGAACCGCCUGUGUAAUGACCUGAUGAGCUGCCUACACGAGCGCGCACGCAUCGAGAAGAGCUACAGCACACAGCUCACCGACUGGGCCAAACGCUGGAGACAGACCAUAGAGAAAGGCCCUCAGUAUGGGACGCUGGAGCGGGCGUGGUGCGCUCUGAUGACCGAGGCCGAGAAGGUGAGCGAUCUGCACAUGGAGGUGAAGGCCGCUCUGAUGGCGGAGGACUUCGAGAAGAUCAAGAACUGGCAGAAGGACGCCUACCACAAACAGAUGAUCGGGGGCUUCAAGGAGACCAAAGAAGCGGAGGACGGCUUUCGCAAGGCUCAGAAACCCUGGGCCAAGAAGCUGAAGGAGAUGGAGACCAUGAAGAAGGCGUACCACACGGCCUGUAAAGAGGAGAAAACAGCCACCAGCAGAGAGAACUCCAGCAAACUGGACAACAGCAACCCCGAGGCCCAGAAGAAGCUGCAGGAGAAGGUGGAGAAGUGCCAGCAGGAGGUGCAGAAGACGAAGGAGCGCUACGAGAAGUCUCUGGAGGAUCUGGACAAGGUGACGCCGCAGUACAUGGAGAACAUGGAGCAGGUGUUUGAGCAGUGGCAGCAGUUUGAGGGAAAGAGACUGAGCUUCUUCAAGGAGCUCCUGCUGGAGGUCAAGCAGCACCUCGACCUCUCCUCCAAUCACAAAUACACCACCGUCUACCACACGCUACAGGACACUAUCCAGGGAGCAGACGCACAGGAGGACCUCAAGUGGUUCCGCUCAAACCACGGGCCCGGCAUGACCAUGAACUGGCCCCAAUUUGAGGAAUGGUCCAUGGACUUGAACCGGACCCUCAGCCGCCGGGAAACGAAGCGCAGACCUGCUGAUGGAGUGACCCUGACAGCGAUCAGUCACACUGCUGAGCAGAGCUCCAGAGUCAGCAGCGUGCCUGCGGUCAGUAGUUCAGAAGCAGCAUGCUUAAACCCGUUUGAUGAUGAUGAUGAUGAUGAUGAAGAUGAGGAUGACGAGCCGGCGGUCACACACACCCACAGCAGCCCGGUCAAACAGGAGGAGGCUGUAGCUGUAGCACAAACUAGUGCUGCUGCAGUAGAGAAGGCUCCUGCUCCCACUCCCGCUCCCGCUGCUGCUGCUGAUGAUGAUGAUGAAGAGUCAGGAAACCCCUUCUCCUCCUCGUCAGCCAAUGGGAACCCGUUUGAGGAGGAGCCGUCCACUGAGAUGUGUGUGCCGGUGCGCGCUGUCUAUGACUAUGAGGGACAGGAGCAGGACGAGCUCAGCUUCAAAGCAGGAGAUGAGCUGGUGAAGAUGAGUGAGGAGGACGAGCAGGGCUGGUGUAAGGGGCGUCUGAGCGACGGCACUGUUGGUCUGUAUCCUGCUAACUAUGUGGAGGAUCUGCAGUGAGCCACACACACACACACACACACUCCGGCGCGCUCGCUGUCCCACCGCGCUGGUCUGAUGCUCACCGCAGAUUUUACAGAUGAUUUUAUCCCCGAGUGUAAAGAUGCCAUGAUUUUACCAGAGCUCUGAGACUGCUGUAGCGUUACUACACUCCUGUGUGUGUGUGUGUUUGUGUGUGUGUGUGUGUGUGUGCGUGUGUGUGUGUGUGUGUGUGUGUGUGUGUGUGUGUGUGUGUGUGUGCGUGUGCGUGUGUGUGUGUCUGAGAUUAUGCUGUAGCUUUACUACACCUCUGUAGAAACUCCACCUGCACUGCUGGAUUCACACACUCUCUACUGAUGUAGAGAGGUGUGUGUGUGUGUGUGUGUGUGUGUGUGUGUGUGUGUGUGUGUGUGUGUGUGUGUGUGUGUGUGUGUGA